GAGCUCCUGGCGGCGUCUUUCAAAGACUUUAUCCGCACCUAUGAGCCAAAGAAAGAGACCAUGAGACAGAGCCGAGGGCGCUUUCCUCGAAUAGCAGAGGAGCAGCUCACCGGCCUGGUCCCCUAUUUCUCAGUGGUGCAGAACUUACGAGAUACGGCCAAGGAAGCAAUCCUGCGGAAGAUCGAGUUGGAAGCCAAGGCGUCUGAUACUGCGGCAGAUCUCUCGCAGUCUGAGGAGCGCAGAGCUUUGGACGAGGUUCGCCUAAAGGAGGAGCUCCGCCACGCGCGUCUCUUGGCCGACACCCUGCAGGCUCGAACCAUUGAGCUCGAAAAGACGAGGAUGGGUCUCGAAGAACAGGUGCGGCGCGGGAAGCUUGAGAGGGACAAGGAGGAGCUGGCAAAGAAGAGGUUAGGAAACGAGGUUCGGCGAUUGCGGGCCGAUGCUGAAAUGGCGCGCAUCGCGAAGGCUUCAAUGGAUGCCGAGAGACAGGCCGCGACUGCAUCAGCCAGCGCAGCAGCAACCCGUCGCCCAGUGGCCGGUACCAGCGCCUCCUCCUCGGCUCGACCGGACUCUGCGCGCGUGCGUCCUACGACGUCCAGCUUCUCCUCCUUCGGAAGAGCACCUCGCCUCGACCCUUUUGGUGGUAGCAGGUCCUCGGCUGCCGGGCAAGAGCCUACUCCACGACGGACGCCAGGCAUGAGGCGUGCAGGGAGUGAGACGGAACGGCAAAGGAGGCCCGAGCUUCGUGGGCCCCAAAGGCGCCCAGAUGGCGCAGCAGCCUUGCGGCCCCCUGGGGAGGCGGAGGCCAAUGUGGAGGUUCCGCUGGUGCGAGAACCUGAGGUCGAGGAUGGUGCAGAGGCCACAACGAGCAAUGCCUCUGACUCUGUGACCGCCCUCCGACCAGAUGGCCGGUCCCCGCAGAACCGCUCGCGGAAGACCACGUCCAAUGCAUCGACUUCGAGCAUCCGCGGACCAAACAGGGUCGGCGCGAAAGCAACAGCGACAGCAACUCACUCCCAGAGUGGCAUCAGCACGUAUUCAAGCCCAGGUUAG